AUGACCCAUACAGCAGCCCCUACAUUUUUCUCAGUAUCCAAAGGAUUUGGCCUGGCCCUCUCGUCAUCCACCCCAGCAAGACCUGAGGAGGCGGGUCCGCGCGACCACGACGAGUCCCGAGGAAGUGCUGGGCCUGGAGGAGCCUGGAGCUUGCAACCCAGGACAACCAAACCCAGCCGCCGCUGGGACCCCGCGGGAGCAGAGGUAGACCCUGGAGCUGAGGGCGGGGCCUCCGGCCUAGGGCGGAGCCACGAGCAGAAAAGAAGGCGGCCACUCUGCCCGAAGGGGCUGAGCCUUAGCCGGAAGGUGGCGUCUGCUUCCCGUAGCCGCCGGGUCCGCCGGCGGCACUCCCUGGGCCACGUCGCCGUGGUGGUGGACCUGGGCUCGGGCUUCACAAAGGCGGGCUUCGCGGGCGAGGAGGAGCCGCGCAUAGUACUGAAGAGCUCCAGUCUGGUGCCCAGCUGGGACCGGUCCGUGCAGCCAGGCACGCUGGGCUGCGAGCUGGCGGGCGGCGUGGCGCGGGCGCACCCCAUCAAGCACGGCGUGGUGGUGGACUGGGAGGCGCUGGAGGGGCUCUGGCAGCGCCUGCUGGUGGGCGGCCUGCGAGUGCUACCGGAGCAGUGGCCCGUGCUGGUGAGCAACUCGCCAUCGUCGCCACCUGAGGACCGCGAGAAAGCAGCUGAGCUGCUGUUCGAGGCCCUGGCAGUGCCCGCGUGCCACAUGGCCAGCACCGCGCUGCUGGCGCUCUGCUCCUCCGGUGCGCUCAGCGGGCUGGCCGUAGAAGCGGGCGCGGGCGUGUGCCACGCCACGCCCAUCUAUGGGAGUCAUUCGUGGCACAAGGCCACUUUCCGGCAGGAUGUAGCAGGCAGCACCUUGUCGCGCUACUUGCGAGACCUGCUGGUGACAGCGUGUCCCAACAUCGGGGUGCAGGCCUUGCCCCGCAAGACCAUCACACAGCUUAAGAAGCGCUGCUGCUAUGUGUCGCUGGAUUUCGAGGGUGAUCUCCGUAACCCUGCCCGCCACCAUCCGGCCAGUUUCUGCUUGGGCAAGGGGUGCUAUCUGCGCAUCACCAGCGAGCGUUUCUGUUGCCCCGAACCCAUCUUCCAGCCGUGUCUGCUUGGCCAGUCUGAGCCAGGACUGGCUGCACUGGCCUUCCAGGCACUGCAGAAAAUGCCCCCAACACUGCGAACAGGGCUAGCCAACACUGUGGUGCUCGCCGGCGGUUCCACGCUUUUCCCUGGCUUCAUUCAGCGCCUUGACCUGGAGCUGGAGGGUCAGUGCCGGCGGCACGGCUAUCCCGCACUACGGCCCCGCCUGGUGGCCAACCCUGGACGUGGCUCAGCUGUGUGGACUGGAGGCUCCAUGGUGGCCUCCUUGGGCUCCUUCCAGUGUGAUUGGAUGACUCGCGCCAUGUACCAGGAAUGUGGCUCCAGGCUGGUGCACGAAGUGUUCAACUGAGCCAUGUUUGCCAGGAGGUGGUGGUGCAACCUGGGGACUGCAAGGACAUUGGCUCUAGGUUGAGUCACUGUCCUAUCAGCCUUGAGACUAGAUAAAGAAAUGUCAAGUGUUUGGAGCUGGCAGGCUCAUCAUGUGGAGGUGGGUCAACUCCACUCCCUUUCUGGGUCAGGAGGGGGCAGAUGGGACCCACUGGGCCCUCACAUUGACUUGCAGUUUGAAUCCCCCAACCCACUGCCAGUUCAGAGAAUGUCAGUCCAGCUAUCCAUUUGCAAGGCCAGGCCCAAGGCUAUGUCACAUGAAAGCAAUCAGUAGAAGCCCUGUCCCUAGUUGUGUGAUCUUUUAAACUCUGGAAUCUCAGUCUCCCUUUUGGUAUAAAGUGGGGUCAGAGGACUGAGGAUGUAGCUGACAGAUACAGCACUUGCCUAAUGUGUGCAGAGCCCUGGAUUCAAUCCCCAAUAGAGGAAAAAUAAAAAAUAAUUUAAAAAGGCAGGAUCGGGCACUCUCCCAGAGCUGCUCACUGCUCCUCCCCACUCAGCCCCAACUGGAGGAGCUGUGGGGCAAAAGGAAGUGGAGACAUUUCUUAAAAGGAGCACAGGACUGGAGAGGUGGCUGCCUGCCUAUAUGCCUGAGGCCCUGAGUUUGACUCCCAGCACUGCAGGGGGAGAGGGAAGAAUACAUAAAGGGAGGGGUGGCUUAUUUUUUUGAAGUCACUCUCCAAGAACUUGGAGCCCUAGCUGUCAGCACCGUUUACACUUGUGCCCAAAGGUGUCCACACAUGCACACAAACACAUGGCCACACACAUACCUGCCUAUUCACAUAUGUCCUUAGGGCAAGACCCCAUGGCUCCAUGCACCAGCACAGGCUUUGGGCAUGAUGAGCUUGUCCCCCCAUGAACCAGCCUAUGCCCACUGGGUUCUGGCUUGAUAGUUCCCAGCAUUUAUGUCUGGCCAAAACCAAAACCAGCAACACUGCUCCAGGUCUAAAGCACCCACUGUGUGCAAGGCCUUGUUCUGGGUGCUGGGAACAAAGAAAACAAAACUAUGCAAAAAUCCCUGCCUUCAUUCUCAUUUAAUUAUCACAACAAAAAGUACAGACAGAUGAGGAAACUGAGGUCCAGAGAGGCAAAGAGGCAUAGCCACUAAGUGGGAGAAGCUCUGCAAGCUUGAGCCAUGACAACAGUGUCCAAAGCAUAGCAGAUACCCAUGUGGGGACCCACCAUCAGCCACUCCACUCACCAGCUUGGUGGCGUCCAUGGCAGUGAGUACUGCACGGUUCAGUGACUCCAGUGCAGCCAGCACAGGCCGGUAGACACCCAGGCGUUUGGAGAAGUAGUCUGCAAGGAGAAGAGGUGCUCAUGGGUUCUGAGCCCUGCUCCCCAAUUGGGAAUUUGGCCACCUAGAGUUCCCCAGCUACCAAGCAGUUCUCAUAUCUUGAACCCAGCCCCUUCUGUCCCAUCAGGAACCCAGCAACAGCCCCUCACCAUAUCCACCUGCCCAGGGACCUGGGAAACAUGCACCUACUCACCACAUAGUUUCUCUGUUUCUAAAUUGCUGCAGAGGAAAAAAAAAAAGACACCCUUCAGACCCUGAGGCCUGGCCUGGCAAACUGGAAUGUCCCCACCCCACCCCUGACUCCCAACUCAGCCUGACAAGGAAUUUGGGGUAUCUGGUCAGUGAGUGGGGGGGAGUGCUGCAGACAAAGGGUCCAGCCCAAGUCUUGGGAGCCCCGCAUGCCAGCCCAGAGUCUGGGGUUUACCCUGAGGAGACGGAAGGGAAGGCGUAUACAUGUGCAAUGUGUGUGCACCAGAGCGAGGAAGCUGGGAGGAGCUCACUCGCCCUGCCAAGAUGUGUAGA